AUGCCGACAUUUCCGUACCUCGCCAGGGCGACAACCAAGUACAAGAGUCCACACAAGCAAGACCUCACCUUUGCCAAACGAGAGACCAUCCGCGUCACUGGUGUAGCGCCCAAGACUGACACAGCAGACGACGAAGAUGACGACGAUGAUGACGACUGGCUAGUUGGAGAGACGCUCGAUGGUUCCAAAAGCGGCAUUUUUCCUGGCAGUUUCGUCGAGCCUUUGGAUGACAUUGAGGAACCGUCAUCGCACGAGGCUGAUGUCAAGAUUGCAUCGGCUAUUUCUGCACCCGCUGCUGCCGGCGCUAUACCAACUGAAGCUCCAACCGAUCUCCAACGCUCCGUAGUGGAGGAACAGCCUCCGUCGUAUCAAGCUCAAGUCAUUCCAGAAGCAGCACGAGAAACUGCUCAGAAAGCUGAGACCGAGCAGGCUGGUUUUGGCGCCCCUUUGCCGCCUCGACCGCCUUCGCCCGAUGAGGAGGAUGACGACCAGAAUCAAGAGGCAAGUGAUCCGCAUACCAGUGCUGCUGAGGCUCCUACCGAGGAGGCCGCCUACGACUCCGCCAAAGGCACGCGCGGUACCUCUGAGGCUGCUGGUGGAGCUGCUAUUGCCGGUGCUGCAGCAGCAGUCGAGGCAAAGGGUGAGAGCGAUGCAUCGAAACUCGAGGCAGCUCAGACUGUAGCAGCCACCGAAGCCAAAGCUGUUGCCUCGCCACCGACUAAAUCACCACCCGCGGUGGCGUCCAAGCCAGCCGGGAUGUCGAGCUCAUUCCGCGAUCGACUCGCCGCAUUCAACAAGCCCGCCGAAUCCGCACCUCCUCCGCUUCCUAAGGCCAAGCUUGGCGGAUGGAAGAGACCGACACCUGUUUCAACCGAGGCGAAGCCUCUGCUUCCUGGUGCUCCAACUUCCGCCUCGGCCACCGCAGUUUUCAAAUUGGCCCCUGUUGCACAGCAAAGCGAGAACAGCCCGUCUCCAACCUCACCUCAAGCAUCAGGUGCAGGUGGUGCCUUCAGUGCUGCAGACGCACAGACGAGCAUCAAGAUGAGCCUGAAAGAGAGGAUGGCGGCGCUUCAACGCAACGAGGCCGCCGCUGCUGAUUCUGCACCACAAAUCAAGCCCAAACCAGCCAUUCCGGGAAAAAUUGGAGCAGAUCGUCGAAAUGUCGCUUUGCAGGGCAUGGGUCUUGCUCCAGGAGCACAAAUCCCUGCUAGGAACUCCAGCUUCGAGUCCGGAAGAAGCACAGACGAGCCAGUCGCUGAGACGACUGCCGCGCAGGAAGUCUCAGCUUCGCGCGAUGCAGCCGCCGUGGCCCAGGAUGUGGAUGACGAGAUCAAAGAUGCUCCCCCGGCUGAGACUGGUGCAGUGGAAGAGAGCCAAGAGCAGCUCAAAGACCCUGACGAGCCUAAGGAGACUCUGACCGAAGAAGAGCAAGAGGCGGAACGCCGUGCCGCUAUCGCCAAACGAAUGGCAGCUCUCGGUGCUCGCCGUAUGGGUGGUGGUUCUGUGCCGUUCGGAGCACCAGCUCCUCCUAGCCGUACCAAGACUGCUUCCAGCGUGGAAUCUGCAGAGGGUACCACCUCUGAGCCUGGCAUCACGGUUUCUUCCGAAACGCCGCGCGCAGCGAACGACGAAGAGCCCGCGGACGCAGCUGCUCUCACAGACACCAUCAAUGCCGCUGCGGAAUCCUCAUGCUCUGAUGUUCUCUCGCCGACCAGCGCUGAAACCGUUGAGGCUCCCAAGGUUCUCGCAGUGCCCAGAAGAGCGGCUGCUCCACGCAAAAGGAAGGCAGCGGCACAGACUGCCGCAGCCGCAGGAAUAGCAGCUGUCGCUCAAGAGAGCGAGGCCGCCGCUCCUCCUACUGAACUUGAGUCGGAGAAGGAUCUCCUGGAAGCUGCCGCGGAUGGCGCAGGUUCGGCUCCCAUCGUCGCUACAGCAGAGGAAGCGACCAGUCUCACUGACGAAAAGGCCGAUGCCACACCUGGUCAAUCUGCCGAGCUCCACCAUGACCAAGAUUCCAAUGACGUCGCCAAACUUCAGAACGAAGUUGAGCCACAGCUCGAUGAAAGCGAUCCAGAGAUUGCAGAGAACCAGAGGCAGCUCGAAGAGUACCUCCGAGGCGAGGGCUUUUACGAGGAUCAGGUCGAACCAGCUGCUCAAAACGUGCCUGAACUCUCAGCAGCUGCGUCUGGUGUCGAAGCUGAGGCUCCUGCCGCAGAAGCAGAGCUUGAACAGCCUCCUGCCAUUGAAGACGUGCCUUCCGAUAAUGCUGCUUCUUUAAAGCCGCCGAGUCGCCCACCAAGCGCUCGCCCACCCAUACCUAAGACAAAUGUGCCACCACCACCGGUGACCGCUGACCAUGACGAUGCUGUUGCUGCUCGUGCACAAAGCCCUUCGGCGUCCGCCGCUUCCACCUCCAUGUCUCCACACGAAAGCGUCAUUCCUCCAGUACCAACGUCCACACUGUCCACGCCUAUGGAGGACGCUGCUAAUGAGGUCGAUGAGCCUGAGCCACCAGCUGACGAAGUUGAGGACGUUGCGGGCCCUGUGCUUGCAGCUCCAAAACCUCGUGUGGCGAUUCCAACGGAAGAUCCGGAGGACGAGGAGCUUCUCGCUGCUGCUGAUACCACAUCUGCCGCCAACGCAAGAGAUCAAGCCUCUGGAGCGGCUGCCUACGAUCAGUUCGAGGAGCAAGAAUUGACACAGGAGGAGCAAGAAGCGCAGCGACGGGCCAACCUUGCUCGCCGCAUGGCUGCACUGGGCGGUCAAAGAAUCGGCGCAUUUCCAGGUAUGACUCCACCUCCGAUCAUGGGCGCACCCAUGCCCGCCAGAAAGGCGCCCAUCCAUGCCGCAGAAGAGAUCGAGGAGCAGAGCAGAGACGUCAACGACGUAGUGGAGCAGCCUGAUCAAAGUGUCGCUUUGUCUCCACGCGGACCACCACGAGGCGGCAUGGCUAUUCCUGGACUGACAGCGGUUCCAAGUAUGGAUGCCCAGCACGCUGAAGUCGCGGCCUUGGAGAGAGCGAGAUCUCCUGAUGCUGCCACCAAUGCUCCCGCGCGUCUUGCCAGCCCGCCGCCUGUACCCACGAGCCCGCCACCGAAGCCCCUGUCGCCACCACCUCCCACUCGAUCCGUCCCGACGGUAGGAGCUGAUUCAACGCUUCCGCCCAUGCUUCCGCCUGGUCGCCCAUCUAGCACGGUUCCUAUGCCAAAUCUGGAUGAGGCGAUCCGUUCUGCUAGCCCAGCCAGUAGUAGCCUGGGCAGACGCACCUCGAUGAAGCCACCUGUGCCUCAGGGUAUCAGUGCACAUUCACGCGCGUCGUCGGCGGCGGUCGUAGAGCAGGAAUUAGCGCAAGAUCGAAAUUCGGCGACGAGCCCUCCGCCUAUGCCUAUUAGUCCGCCUCCGCUUCCGGUGAGCCCACCUCCUCGUCCCUCGUCGAGAGCACCGCCACUGCCUGGAAGUGCGGGCGUUCCUCCGCGUCGACAGGGCUCGUCAGCUUCGUACACGUCGACCGAAGCGAUUGGUCAGUCUGAUGCACCUGCAGUGCCCUCUGCUGCCACGACGCUGGCACCGUCCGUGCCGGGGAGGACCGAAGCAAGUCUGCCACCCACUCCUGCCUCCUUCGGCGCGCCAUCGAGCGUCAAUGUCGGCGCUCGACAGUCUUCACGCGAUCUGGACCUCAUGCCGAGCAGUCGAUGGUGGAGACACGGCCUGAAUCCUCUACGUCUGCCACCUACCGUGGCAGGACGACCUGAUGCGAUCCUGUACGCCGACACAUCGUCGAGCACCGACAGUGGCGUGGUAGUGCACCGCGCUGACGUGCACAUGCUAUUCGAAGAUUACUCGACCACGGUCAUCUCUCUUUCGUUCCAAGACGAUGAUCUGGAAGAGACGCACACGACGCUCUCGCAGCGCCAUAACUUCGCACCGCCGAAACCGUCGAGUGCGGAGCUGAAGCAGUGGUCUAGUUCGAUCGGCGCUGAGAUUGGCAGGCUCGCGACUGAGGCGGCCAAGCAAUCGAGCGCGCCUCUGGGGGACGGUUCACCACAAGGGUUUGUGCAUCACAUCAUCUCGUCGGUUGCGUCGCUGCCGCCCGUCGGCACGUCGCUCGGUGCGCUGAUCCUCACGCAGGUCGGACCAACAGUGGUGGAGACAGGAGCGGACGAACCACGCGCAGGCGACAUCGUGCUAUGCUCAAACGCCGACUUCCGCGGCAAAAAGGGGCUCGCUCCCUACCACACCACGUUGGGCUCUUCGUUGCCCAUCCCCGCAAUCCUCGUGGACAUGGAACCCAAAAAGAAUAAACUCCGCUGCAUCCUCCAAAACCCUUCGCACUCGAAAAAACACCACCCUGAAGAAAUCAGCCUCAGGCUAGACGACCUCAAAUCGGGCAUCCUCAAAAUCUACCGCUCCCCGCCCAGACACGGUUGGCUCCCUCACUGGUAA